AUGUCCGGUGAAGCGUGGCUCUACCUGUUGGCGGUGCUCAUCAACGCCGUCAACCUGUUCCUGCAGGUCUUCUUUACUAUCAUGUACAGCGAUUUGGAAUGUGACUACAUCAACCCCAUUGACCUCUGCAACCGUCUUAACGCCUACAUCAUCCCCGAAGCCGCUGUCCACGCCUUCCUCACUAUCUUGUUCCUGAUCAACGGCUACUGGCUCGCGCUCAUUCUCAACCUGCCUCUGUUGGCGUUCAAUGCCAAGAAGAUCCUUGACAACCAGCACCUUCUGGAUGCGACUGAGAUCUUCCGCAAGCUGAACGUCCACAAGAAGGAAUCCUUCAUCAAGCUGGGCUUCCACCUCUUGAUGUUCUUCUUCUACCUCUACAGCAUGAUUGUUGCUUUGAUUCGCGACGAAUCCCACUGA